AUGUCCAGAAAUUUAGAUAUUUAUGAACAACAGGUUAAUAUUGCUGCAAAAAAGGGUGUUCAGAUCAUUGUCUUUCCUGAAGAUGGCAUCCAUGGAUUUAACUACAGCAGGAUGUCCAUUUACCCGUACCUGGAUUUCCUCCCUCCUUCCCAUUUACUACCAUGGAAUCCAUGUGUGGAGCCAGACAGGUUCCAGGAUACUGAGGUGAUUAGAGCGCAUUCAUCCUCUUCUGUGAGGAAACAGAAGAAAAUAUCUGCUUUACAACAGGGAGAACUUAAGUGCACAAACAGAGCUCCACUUGUAAAUCUACCACUGAACGGGAGGUACCAGUUUAACACGGAUGUUGUGUUUAGUGACAAUGGCACACUGAUAGCCAGCUAUUUUAAACAAAACUUAUAUUUUGAGUAUAGUUUUGACACACCUCCACAAGUCCAACAUGUCAUAUUUCAUACCUCCUUUGCCAGGUUUGGCCUUUUUACUUGCUUUGAUAUCUUAUUUUAUGAGCCAAUUGUGACUCUUAUUGAAAAACAUCAAGUGAAACACCUUGUGUACCCAACAGCUUGGAUGAACCAAUUGCCACUUCUGUCUUCCAUUCAGAUUCAAAGAGCCUUUGCCACUGGGUUCAACAUUAAUAUUCUAGCUGCUAACAUCCACCAUACAACUUUGGGUAUGACUGGAAGUGGAAUAUUCAGUCCAGUGGGCUCUUCAUACCACUAUGACAUGGACAGUGAAAAUGGUCAGCUGAUCAUUGCCAAGGUUCCAGUUGUUCCGUCAGAAGAGCUAUACACAGGAGAAGAUCAGGUGUCAUUUAUGAAGAGAGUGAGACAUUUGAAAAUAAUGUCAUACAUGGUAGUUCUCAGACAUGUCAUGUAG